CUUCAGUCGCUUGCUUCUAUAGAAAGUUUACUUUCCUCAAACUUUGUCAAAACGUUUGCCAAUCUCUUAUCUUCAACUCAUAACCCGCAUAGAGGUUAUAGAAGGUGCUCAGACCGACCCAAAAAGAUCGUUUAAAAACUACCAAUCAAUUCGCAAUGGCUCCUCCUCAUGAUACUACUCCCGCACCUGUCGGUGUUGCUCCCUCCUCAUCUUUGUUCAAAGUACACGCUCCCAAUGUGCAGUACACUGAUGACCAUAUCCUCGCCGAAUACACCUACACCAACACCCUUGUUACUAAGGCCGAAGACGGUUCCCUCAACGUCGAGCCUAAGAACUCUGUCUACCAUUUCAAGACCGAUACUCGUAUCCCUAAGCUCGGUCUCAUGAUGGUCGGAUGGGGUGGUAACAAUGGUUCCACCGUCACUGCUUCUAUCCUGGCUAAUAAGAACAACAUUAGCUGGCGGUCCAAGCGUGGUGUUCAUCACCCUAACUACUUUGGCUCCGUCACUCAAGCUUCUACCGUGAAGCUCGGUGUCGAUGCUGAAGGCAACGAUGUUUACAUUCCUUUCUCCAAGGUCUUGCCUAUGGUUGAACCUAACGACCUUGUUUUGGGUGGUUGGGAUAUUUCCUCCAAGAACUUGGGUGAAGCUAUGGAGCGUGCUCAAGUCCUUGAAUACGAUCUCCAACGUCAAGUUCGUUCUGAAAUGGACAAGUUGACUCCUCUUCCCUCUAUUUACUACCCUGACUUCAUUGCUGCCAACCAGUCUGACCGUGCUGACAACUUGAUGGCUGGUAAUGAUAAGCAAGCUCAUCUUGAGCAAAUCCGUAAGGAUAUCCGUGACUUCAAGGCUGCCAACCAGCUCGAUAAGGUCAUUGUUAUCUGGACUGCUAACACUGAGCGUUAUGCUGAGAUCAUCGAAGGCGUCAAUGACACUGCUGAUAACAUUUUGGCUGCUGUCAAGGCUUCCCAUGACGAAGUUUCUCCUUCCUCCGUCUUCGCUCUUGCUUGUAUUCAAGAACAUGUUCCUUUCAUCAACGGUUCUCCUCAAAACACCUUUGUUCCCGGUGUGAUGGAACUCGCUGAACGUGAACAAACCUACAUUGGUGGUGACGAUUUCAAAUCUGGUCAGACCAAGUUCAAGUCUGCCAUUGUUGACUUUUUAGUGAAUGCUGGUAUCAAGCCCGUUGGUAUCACCUCCUACAACCAUUUGGGUAACAAUGAUGGCAAGAACUUGUCGUCCCACAAGCAAUUCCGCUCCAAGGAAAUCUCCAAGUCCACUGUUGUCGAUGAUAUGGUGGCUGCCAACAAGAUCUUGUAUGCUGAAAAUGAGCAUCCCGACCAUACCGUUGUCAUCAAGUACGUGCCUUGCGUCGGUGACUCCAAGCGUGCCUUGGAUGAGUAUGAGUGCGAUAUUUUCAUGGGUGGCCGUCAAAGCAUCUCCAUCUACAACAUCUGCGAAGACUCCUUGCUCGCCACUCCUCUCAUCAUUGAUCUCAUUACUGUCACUGAACUUAUGACCCGUGUUGAGUACAAGACGGGUGAUAUGACCAAGUUCUCUCCCUUCCACAGUGUCCUCUCUAUUCUUAGCUAUAUGCUCAAGGCUCCCCUUGUUAGCCCCGGUACCCCUGUUGUCAACGCCUUGGCUAAGCAGCGUACUGCUAUGGAGAACAUCUUCCGUGCCUGCGUUGGUCUUGCCCCCACCAACGACAUGAUGCUUGAGCACAAGGUCUGGAAGCAGUAAAAUGCUACAAUGCAUGGAAAAAAUUUCGCCCCGCCCCCGGAAAAAUUGGAUAGUCUUGUUUCAAUUUAUAAAGAAAUUUUUGUAAUAAAUCACACGUAAAGUAGGAAAUGGGUUUGUUUGCCUGCCUGUUGAGCAAGUACAAAUGUAUAGCGAAA